AUGUCGACCCUCAUCAAGCCGCCGCCCAUCGACUCGUCCAAGUCUGCCAUCGAGCAGAUGCUCGACUUGACCCAGCUCACGCCCAUCGACCCGGACCUGUUCACCAACACCCAGCCGCUAUGGCACCCGCCCGGCGCUCGCGGCAUCUUCGGCGGAGCCAUCAUCGCCCAGUGCCUUGCUGCCGCCCAGCGCACCAUCCCUGACGACUUUUCCAUCCACUCGAUGCACUGCUACUUUGUGCUGGCCGGCGACUCGGAGAUACCCGUGGUAUACCACGUCGAGCACGUGCGGGAGGGGAGGUCGUUUGCGACACGCACCGUGCAGGCCCGCCAGCGCGGCAGGGCCAUAUUCACAACGACCCUGUCGUUUGUCAAGGUCGACAGCGCCGGCAAGGAGAAGGUCGAGCAUUCCUUUUCCAUGCCCGACGUGCCCGGCCCGAGCGAAGAAGAGUCGCGCCGCCAUGCCAACGACGACGACCAGCCCUUUGAGAGCCAGCGGAUCGACAUAGGCGACAAUGACUCGCCGUACCCGCAUACCAAGAAGUGCAGGCAAUGGCUCAGGGCGCGCGGGACCAUAUCGCCCGCUGGCGGCCAUCAAGCACACCUUUCGGCCAUCGCGUACAUGUCCGACAGCUUUCUCAUCGGCACCGUCGCCCGCGUGCACGGCCUGUGGACGUUCAAGCCGCGGCGGGGCGGACGGCCGACCAUCGACGAGGAAACUCUCCGGAGGCUGCUGCACGAGGACGAAGAGAAGGUGAAGCGCAUUCCCGGCAUGACCGACCACGUCAUCAAGAGUCUGCGCGCGGGCAAGAGUCUGGCACAGGCCGAGGAAGACAGGCCGGAAAUCGGCAUGAUGGUCAGCCUGGACCACUCGAUAUACUUCCACAGUCCUCGCGACUUCAGAGCGGACGAGUGGAUGUUCACCGAGAUGGAGAGCCCCUGGGCGGGUGAUGGACGAGGGCUGGCCAUUUCCAAAAUCUGGAGCAGAGACGGCAGGCUCAUUGCCACAUGCGUGCAAGAAGGGGUUGUCCGGCUGAAGCAACCGACAGAAAGCAAGCUGUAG